AUGGAGCUUAUGGCUAUCUUCCAGGGCUUGAAGUUGGCGUGGGAAGAGGGUUUCCGGCGAGUUCUCUGCCUCUCCGACUCUCUGCUUCCGGUGUCUCUGAUUCAGGAGCCUCCAACAAGGUUCCAUGAGUGUACUGUGCUCAUAGCCAGCGUUAAUGAUCUCCUCCGGCGGCAGUGGGAGGUGCGUUUGGAACACACUCUUAGAGAUGGAAACGCCUGUGCGGAUUUCUUGGCGAAGGUUGGAGCUGCGCAGGGUCUAGCGUUUCACGUGUUGGUGGAUCCUCCUCCGGAGCUAUCUCUGGUUCUUCUUGCGGACAAGAGUGGCACUAUGUUUGUUAGACAGUAG